AUGCGAGUCAUACGUCCAGUCAUACGAAAUCUACCAAAUCGAGAGAUAGCUCCGAAGAUCAAUGCGACUCGUCUGGGACCAGCGGUGGGAUGUAGCUAUUGGCGAUAUCGAACAUUCGCUACGCGACCUCACCCUGAUAAGCAGAAGGACGAGAUAGAUGAUGGGGACCUAUUUGGAGAUAGUGGAGAUGGCACUUCCAAUUCAGUAAGGGAUUUUGAUCAAGAAGAUAGAAACGCGGAUCUUUUAGGACUUGAAGAAAGUAUUACUGAACCCUCUUUAUGUUCAUUCCACAUGGAUCAUCUCACAGAAUCCACAUCAAGUAAAGAUCAACUGCUUCAUCGCCCGAAGUUACCAACUUCGAUCAAACGACUGAAUCGGAUCUUAUCAAGACAGAGAGCAGUGGAGAUACCAGAACAUGAAUUGGAUGAGAAAUUUGUAAGGGGCAGAGGUCCAGGAGGUCAAGCAAUCAACAAGACCAAUUCCUCCGUAUCCCUCACCCACAUACCAACCGGUAUAAGAGUCCAGGCCCAACCUACAAGAUCGAGAGAAGAGAAUCGUAAAGUAGCUCGUAAGAUCCUCGGUGAACGUCUAGAAGUACUUAGGACAACGGGCCAACUACCUGGAUACGACAUUGCAGGAGUAAUAGUGGAUAAACCUCAAGAUGAGGGGUUGAUGAGAAGUAAGAAAGAGACAAAGAAAUUUGAAGAGAAGGUAUUGAGUGGUGCGUAUACGAAGAAAGAGGUUAAAGAGGAGAAAUUGAGAAUUAGGAAGUUGAACAAGCAGAAAAAGGCGAAAAGGAAAUAUGGUAAGAAAGGUGAAGAUGAAGUUGAAGGUGAAGAAGAGUCGGAUUUCGAAAUUGAUAAUGAAGGAGUAGUGGUUGAUGUUGUGGACAAUAGUACAAGGGUAUAA